AUCAACUCUCGUAACGUCCAGAACACCAACGCUCUGACAAAAGCUUUCGUAUUCCACCCUCCUCCCUUUCAAUCAUCCAACCACUCCACUUCCUCCUUUCUUCUAUUUUUUAAAAAAAAUAAAAACCCAAAUAUCCGACGCUCUUAGGGGAUCAACUCCCGGGAUAAAAAAAAAAAAGAGAGAGAGGAUGUCUACAUUGGCGGUCUCGCCCUCACAUUCACUUAUGCCAACAGACGGAGGAGGCGGAACAAUAAAUCACCCAUGGCGUCCCCGUACCUCGCGGACUUCACGAACCUCGCAAACUUAUACGCGGACGCAACUUGAUGAGUUCUACUCGAACGAUUCCAGCACAAUAUCUCCUACUCCAACUACACCCCCUGGGAUCGCCCGGAUCCUCGUCUUCGACAACGCACACCCAGACUUUCCACGCGAAAUAUUUGUGAAGUCACAUCUAAACCUACUUUUCGACGUUCCGCUGUCUAGCCUUCAGACGACCGCUGUGCCGCUUUACCGCCAAGUGCCCGUGGCGAUUUCCGGUGGGCGAGAUAGAUGGGAAUUCGGUGGUUGGUACGUUAUCGACGCGGUUCACAAGGUGGAGAAGUGCUCGAGCGAAUUGACGAAGCGGUUGGAGGAUAAGUGGAAUAAGAGGAGCAGGAGUUCUUCUCUUAGCAAUACCUGGCAGUCGAACGUGGAGUUGGAUUGGGCAGCCGUGAUGUUGAGGAAGGUGUCGGAUGGAGGAUGCCCGCUCGGUUCUCUGAAUACUUCUCCGUCUCCGCCCUCUGGCAGCGAUAAUGGGGGCGGGAGUGCCAAUGGAAGAAAUGAAGGAUACAGUGGUGGGGUGGAGGAACAGGAUUACACACCGCAUCCACCCCCGCCAAGCCGUGUCUCGGGUUCGCCAGAUGUGGGAGAUGGAAAACACACCCAAGAAGAAUACUUUAUAACUCCAUGCCCCCCUCCGCCAACCAGGAUUCCUACGAUGUCUAACGAGGAAAUAGAGGAUGAUACGAACACUCUUAUGGUGGAUAAAUUGGAUGAGAGCAUUAUCAGCAUUUCUCGCCAGUCGGAAGGGGGCGAGUCUGUCACGGAUUCCGAGUACGGCGACCUUUCAAAAUCCGAAAUCGACGAUUGUGAUAGGUGGAGCGAGCUGAGCACCGGCCCAGUCGACCGUCAGUGGACUGUGGUUUACACGGAGAAGGACGAGGAACUUUAAUUUUUUCUUCUGUUUUUUCUUAAGGACUUUGAAGGACAUGCAGACGCGGGGAUCGGAUGGAGUAGGAGGAGUUUUUUCCAUUUUUCUUCGUUCUCACUGUUUCGGUUUCGAUUAGGCAAAAAUCAAAUUGCAAUGAACCCAAGUUUGUAGUGGUAUCAAGCCUUUU